CUGUCGAAAAAUUUGUUUAUGCUUAUAGCUUCAUUCGCCGAUUUUAUUGUGAAAUUAUUGCUUGUUUGACUUAGUUUUUGAAAAGAAUUUCGUAGUAGUCAAUAUUUGCAGCCAUGGUGGUACGUGAGUAUAACGAGGAAUUGAAAUACAUCGAGCGAAUUUCGCCAAACAGCUUUCGCAUCAAGAAAGGCUUCCAGCCAAAUAUGAACGUUGAGGGUGUAUUCUAUGCAAACUCUCGCCUUGAAAAAUUGAUGUUUGAUGAAUUGCGGAACUCAUGCCGUCCCGGAAUGACUGGCGGAUUCUUACCAGGCGUAAAGCAGAUUGCCAAUGUUGCAGCGUUACCGGGAAUCGUUGGACAGUCUGUUGGUCUUCCGGAUAUUCAUUCAGGAUACGGGUUCGCGAUUGGAAAUAUGGCAGCAUUUGACAUGAGUAAUCCAACAUCGAUAGUUUCGCCGGGAGGUGUCGGAUUUGAUAUUAAUUGUGGUGUUCGAUUGUUGCGUACUAAUCUGUUCGAAAAGGACGUAAAACCCGUACAGGAAAAUUUGGCCCAAAGCCUGUUCGAUCACAUUCCGGUUGGCGUAGGUUCAAAGGGAAUUAUUCCAAUGAAUGCGCAUGAUUUGGAGGAAGCACUUGAGAUGGGAAUGGAUUGGUCUUUACGAGAGGGUUAUGUUUGGGCUGAAGAUAAGGAGCAUUGUGAAGAAUACGGUAGAAUGUUGAAUGCCGACCCAAGUAAAGUAAGUAUGCGUGCGAAGAAGCGUGGUCUUCCUCAACUUGGUACACUAGGUGCCGGAAAUCACUAUGCAGAGAUUCAGGUAGUGGAAGAAAUCUAUGACAAAUAUGCGGCAAGUAAGAUGGGAAUCGAAGAGCUGGGUCAAGUUUGCGUAAUGAUUCACUCGGGAAGUCGUGGCUUUGGUCAUCAAGUGGCUACUGAUGCGCUUGUCGAAAUGGAGAAAGCUAUGAAGAGAGACAAGAUUGAAACAAAUGAUCGACAACUGGCUUGUGCUAGGAUAAACUCGACUGAAGGACAAAACUAUCUAAAAUCCAUGGCUGCUGCAGCCAAUUUCGCUUGGGUUAAUCGUAGCUCCAUGACAUUCCUUACCCGGCAAGCCUUUGCCAAGCAGUUCAAUACCACUCCAGACGAUUUGGAUAUGCACGUGAUAUACGAUGUAUCACAUAAUGUUGCCAAGAUGGAAGAACACUUGGUAGAUGGCCGUCCCAAGCAGCUGCUGGUUCAUCGAAAGGGUUCUACUCGUGCCUUUCCACCGCAUCAUCCGUUGAUCCCAGUAGACUACCAACUGACCGGGCAGCCAGUACUGGUUGGAGGAACAAUGGGAACGUGCAGUUUUGUUCUUACUGGCACUGAGAGGGGGAUGGCUGCCACAUUUGGAUCAACUUGUCACGGAGCAGGGCGGGCUCUGUCAAGAGCCAAAUCACGUCGUAACUUAGACUACAAAGACGUUUUGAGGGAUUUGGAAGCGAAAGGAAUUGCUAUCCGAGUCGCUUCGCCCAAACUGGUACAGGAGGAAGCACCGGACUCGUAUAAGAAUGUGCAAGAUGUGGUUCAAACCUGUCACGAUGUUGGCAUCAGUGCCAAAUGUAUCAAGCUGAGGCCGAUUGCUGUUAUCAAGGGAUAGUAGCUGAAAUUGUAUUAUGAAUGUAAAGCAUAAAACGAUAAAUAAACAUGUAUUUCUA